AAAACGAAGGGGUCAACCAAUGUGAACCAGCUUCGCGAUAUGCUGCGAUUAUAAUUUGACUUUGGCCGCGUUAAUUAUAGUUUGUAACUUAACAGCGUUCUAGGGAACGAAAUAUUUACCAAUAUAAAAUGUUUUUUAUUCUGUUUUUUGCAUAAUAUAUAUUCCAGUUGGUGAAAUUUUUGGAACAAUUUAUUUGUUGUAUUUAAUACUUGAACUUUUAUUUAUUUAGGAAUGCAUAAAUUGUUUUUUAGAAUUUUAAGCGAUGUUUCAAAAAGAACUUUUUCUACGAAGAUAUCAGUACCAGUGGCAAAGGAGGAUGUGAAAUUACCAACCGUUCUCACUGAUUUGUUUGGAAGAAAUCAUACUUAUUUAAGAAUUUCUUUAACGGAAAAAUGCAAUUUGAGAUGUAAAUAUUGUAUGCCAGCCGAAGGUGUUAAACUAACAGAAAAUUCUAAAUUAUUAACCACAGAUGAGGUACUGAAAAUAACCGAACUUUUUGUAAAAGAAGGAGUGACAAAAAUUAGAUUAACAGGAGGAGAACCUACAAUUAGAAGGGAUUUAGUUGAUAUUAUUUACAAUUUAAAAAAAAUUGAUGGACUUCAGAUCGUCGCAAUGACUACAAACGGUUUAGUUUUGACUAAACAAUUGGUGUCUUUACAAAAAGCCGGUUUAGAUAUUUUAAAUGUUAGUUUAGAUACUUUGAAACCAGAAAGGUAUGAAGUUAUGGCGCGGAGAAAAGGAUGGCAGAGAGUAAUGAUGGGUAUUGAUUUGGCGUUGCAAUUAGGAUACAAUCCUGUUAAAAUUAAUUGUGUAAUGAUGAAAGAUUUCAACGAUGAUGAAAUAUGUGAUUUUGUGGAACUUACUAGAGAUAAAAAUUUCGAUGUUAGGUUCAUUGAAUAUAUGCCCUUUACUGGUAAUAAGUGGGAUGUUAGAAAAAUGGUGUCUUACAAGGAUAUGGUUAAUAGAAUACGUCAAAAAUGGCCUGAUAUUUCACCUUUGGAAAAUAAUCCAAACGACACAUCUAAAGCUUGGAAAGUUCCGGGAUACGAAGGUCAAAUAGGUUUUAUAACUUCAAUGAGCGACCACUUUUGUGAUUCUUGUAAUAGGUUAAGAAUUACGGCAGACGGUAAUUUAAAAGUUUGUCUUUUUGGUAAUACCGAAGUGUCUUUACGAGACGCAAUUAGAAAUAAAUGUUCCGACGAUGAUUUAACUGCUCUUAUUAGCGCAGCUGUCAAAAGAAAGAAAAAACAACACGCAGAUUCCCAAAUCAACAUGUUUUUGCCUCGCAAUAAAUUGUCGCACCUUUUCCCGCACGUUUCGUCGUACCAAUCCAAAAGACACUGUUCCACCAAACACACCGACGAAGAACUGUCGCACGUCGAUAAACGCGGUAAAAUCCACAUGGUGGACGUCGCCGGUAAAAACGUAACUCAACGUUACGCGACCGCCUCGGCGGUAGUUAAAGUAGGUCCUCGUAUCACUCAAUUGAUCCUCGAAAAUUCCACGAAGAAAGGAGACGUUUUAACGCUAGCGGAAAUAGCGGGAAUCACCGGGGCCAAGAAGACGUCUGAAAUCAUACCGCUUUGUCACAAUAUCGUUUUAUCCAGCGUCAAAGUGACCGCUCAUCUUAACAAAGAAAAAGAAACUGUCGAGAUACAGGCUCAGGUGCAUUGCGAAGGCAAAACCGGUGUCGAAAUGGAAGCGAUGACCGCCGUUAGUGUUGCAGCUUUAACAGUUUACGAUAUGUGUAAAGCUGUUAGCAAAAGCAUCGUUAUAUCGGAUAUACAUCUAUUGAAUAAAAAGGGGGGCAAAAGCGGUGAUUAUGGUGCCGAGGUAUUCAAAUUGAGGGAUUAUAAUAGAAAACCGACGACCGGUGUUUUUUCUCCGACCGUAGGAGUUGUUUAAUACGCCCUUUCUUUUGAAAUCUAUCAUUCCAUUUGUAAAUAGUUUAAUUUGAUCGUUAAAAAUCAAGAAUUAGGCGUCAUUAGGGUAAGAAUUUUAAAUAUGAAACGUCCUCGAGUAUGUUAUACAUUUCAACCGUUUCUGUUAAUGCUAUUCUGACCGAAAAAGUGGUAAAAGAUCUAAAAGGACUAAGGACAAAACGUUUUUGUAUGAUUCUACAUUUCUUGGAGACCACACAGACAAAUCUAGCUUGAAAAAUUGAAGACAAAUCGUCUCACCGGUGAGUUCUCAUUCUAUUUCUUCGGUAUGGAGUCUUCCGUUGAAGAGAAAUAGUCGCCCCAAUGAGUUCUCAUUCUGUUUCUUCGGUAUGGAAGUCUUCCCUUGGAGAGAAAUAGUCGCACCGGUGAAUUUUCAUUCUAUUUCUUCAAUAUGGAGUCUUCCCUUGAAGAUAAAUCGUCGCACCGGUGAAUUUUCAUUCUAUUUCUUCAAUAUGGAGUCUUCCCUUGAAGAUAAAUCGUCGCACCGGUGAAUUUUCAUUCUAUUUCUUCAAUAUGGAGUCUUCCUUUGAAGAUAAAUCGUCGCCCCAGUGAAUUUUUAUUCUAUUUCUUCAAUAUGGAGUCUUCCUUUGAAGAUAAAUCGUCGCCCCGGUGAAUUUUUAUUCUAUUUCUUCAAUAUGGAGUUUUCCCUUGGAGAGAAAUAGUCGCUCCAGUGAGUUCUCAUUAUGUUUCUUUGGUAUGGAUGUUUUGGCUUGAUCAUUAGUUUUGAUAUUGUGUCUUGUGGUUCAAAAAAUCUCCCAAUAAGAGGCCCAAAUAAUGGUGGAUGUUACUAAUUCUUCGAAAUAGAUCACGUUAUCUAAUCCAAUCGAUAGCUGGAGAAAAAUGGUUCCGACAAAUUCAUUAAAUCUCCAAUUUUAUUCCAAGAAUGGUGAUCGAAAGAUUUGUCUUUAUGUUUUAAGUCUGUUAUUCACGAAUUUAAAUUUUAUAAUUCAGCUGUUGGGUUACAAGUAGUGAAUCCCAUCUCUAUACUUCAUUUUUUAAUUUAUGGGUAUGGAAAUUUCCAAAUUUAGCCUUGAAAAACCGUUAUUUUCAAUGGAAGUGAAAAAUCCCAUCUCUUUACUCGAAAAAGCUGUUAUUUCCGAACUGAAAGUGGUACAAGCGGAAUUCCCAUCUCUAUAUCUAAAAACUUGUUGGUUUGGGAAGUGGAUGAAGUGCAAGUAGAAAUUCCAAUCUGUAUAUUUUGAUAAUGUCCUAUUUUCUACUGUAUGGAUAUUUCCAUAUUUAUUGUUUACUGUUAUUGACAAAAAUUCGAGUCAAAAGUCCCAUCUCUAACUUUCAAGAGCUGUUAUUUUCGUGUUAAAAGAGAUCCAAGUGGAAAUUCCCAUCUCUAUACUGGAAAAAAUGUUACUUUUAUAGUUACAAGGAUGUAACUAUAAAAAUCACAUCUCUAUACACUUGAUAGAGGUGAAUUUGAAAGUUUUGCUUGAAUAUACACUAAAAAAAAGAUUUUUUCCUACAUGAUAUCGAGCGAAAUAAAUUUGAUGUUUUCCUUUCUCUUUAAAUAAUCAAUUUUGUAGUUUCGGUUACGGUCAGGGUAUCUGACUCACUACAAACUCACUUUUUCACUUGAAACAAAUAAUUUAAAUUCCCAGUGCCUUUUAGAUAACGAUAACAAGUUGAAAAUUUUUUACUUAUAGAAAAAAAAUAUCACAAAUAUUAAAGUUUGUAAUUGUUAACAUAUUUUUUAUUGAAAUUGUUUAUAAAAUAUUUUUUUAGUGUAAAUAUAAAUUCUAUUAACUAAA